GUAAUUCAUAUAGGCGGAACACGCGGCACAAAAGCUGCAAAGUUUUCCUACGUGGUUUCAGCCUCGUGCUGCCCUCGCGGUGCAGCCAGCGCAUCCUCCCCGCCUUUUGAUCGCUCCAGCCGAACGGGAUUUCUGCUCCACUCGGAGAUGGUACUAGGGAACUCUAGGAAAGAGCUUAGUCAAGACCCUCAGGCGGCACAUGGGGCAAUCCAAGCUGAUAUCAGUACCCGGCAUCAAUGUAUGUGUCAUGAAGCCUGAUCCUUUGAGCAUGGGCAAUAACAUCGUCUUUCUAUGUCUAAUCCCGCAUUAACCCCAAUGAAGACUUGCAAAAAGUACACAAGAGCGAAUCCGCCUGCUCCUACAGGGAGAACUCACCUUUUGACGAAAGUCGAACACGCCUCUAGAAGGAAUGAUCAUCGAGAUCGAAGAUUGCACAAACUGCUCGAUGCCUGUAGCCUUGGAUGUCAUUUGUCAACGAAGACUCUUCAGAAAUCCGAGAAAAUGCGAUCGAAGCAGAGUUUAUCCCGCUAUGUACUAUUAUGGGGUGAUCUACUACGUACACAGCAUCCCUAGCUAUACACUGUUGAACAGACUGACUAUUUUUACUACUUAUCAAAGCAAUGCCUUACAAUUAUCUUAAAGGUGGAUUUGUAGCGCUUUACUAACAAUAAUUCGUUCUGGAGACCAGUAUUGAGCUUGGGAGAGCACGUCUUUAACUAGAUACAACAUCUGCUUAACACUAGCAACAAUCUCUUUGCCCUAUAAACUUGUUUAGAGCAUUGUGGGACUUAAUAAGCGCCUUUAGCACAUGCACUUUCUAUAGGUGGUAAAAUAAUAGUAUGGGUGCUUUUAGUAUAGCAAUUGGAUAUUGUACACCCCACAUUGUGGUCGUAGCACCCUUUUGAUAACUUAGUAUGAAUGUCAUAGGUGCUAUAAACGGCACGGAGCAGCAUAUAUAAACACUAUCUUCGUACUCAGAAUAUUUCAAUAAGCU